UUGGACUCUGUUUGGACUCUGCAUUCGACAAUGGCCUCCGCCAGCAAACUCACCCGUGAGCAGGUCGCGUCUGCUCAGGUUCAGGGCGAAUACUCUCUGAAGCCCGAGACAUCUGCCCCAAAACUCGAUACAUCGCAAUGGCCUCUCCUCCUCAAAAAUUACGACAAAUUGCUGGUGCGCUCGGCGCACUUCACGCCUAUCCCUUCAGGAUGCAGUCCAUUGAAGAGGGAUAUCACGUCGUACAUCAAAUCAGGUGUCAUAAACUUGGACAAGCCGUCCAAUCCCUCUUCCCAUGAAGUCGUCGCUUGGUUGAGACGAAUUCUACGUGUGGAGAAGACCGGUCACAGUGGAACUCUCGAUCCGAAGGUCACUGGGUGUCUUAUUGUCUGCAUUGACCGUGCUACUCGGUGCAGGAAGGAGUAUGUUGCUGUACUCCGCCUCCACUCCCCCCUCCCCAACCCCGCAGCCCUCCCCCGCGCCAUUCAAACCCUCACCGGUGCCCUCUUCCAACGGCCACCACUCAUCUCUGCCGUCAAGCGUCAGCUUCGUAUACGCACGAUCUACGAGUCGAACCUCCUUGAAUUUGACGAGAAGCGUAACCUUGCUGUCUUCUGGGUCUCUUGUGAAGCUGGCACGUACAUCCGGACGCUAUGUGUGCACCUAGGUCUUUUGCUCGGCGUGGGCGGACACAUGCAAGAACUUCGGAGAGUCAGGAGUGGUGCACUCAGCGAGAGUGAUAGCAUGGUCACCAUGCACGAUGUUCUCGACGCGCAGUGGACGUAUGACAACACACGAGACGAGUCGUACCUCCGCCGUGUCAUUCGGCCCUUGGAGUCGCUGUUGAUUGGCUACAAGCGGAUUGUUGUCAAGGACAGCGCUGUGAAUGCCGUCUGCUAUGGCGCGAAGCUCAUGAUUCCUGGACUGCUCCGUUACGAAUCUGACAUCGCAUUGAACGAGGAAGUCGUCUUGAUGACAACCAAAGGCGAAGCCAUCGCUCUUGCCAUUGCGCAGAUGUCCACCGUCGAACUGGCGACAUGUGACCACGGCGUCGUCGCAAAAGUCAAGCGGUGCAUCAUGGAGCGUGAUACGUACCCGCGCCGCUGGGGUCUUGGACCGAAGGCGUUGGAAAAGAAGAAGCUGGUCAAGGAUGGCAAACUCAGCAAGUUCGGCGAGAAGAUCGAGGGUGUCACCCCGGCGGAGUGGAGCAAGGACUACGUUGACUACUCGCGCGAGGAACCUACGGCCGGUCCAUCGACAACUGCUGCACCCGCCGAGACCCCUUCUGCUGACCAGUCUGCGGAGGCAAGUCCCACCAAGGAGAAGGAAAAGAAGCGGAAGCGAAAGUCUGAGAUCCCUGAUGCGGAUGGCGACGUUUCCAUGGCCGUGGGGGAGAACGGCGAGGAGGACGCAGCGGCCAAGGCUGAGCGCAAACGUCUCAAGAAAGAGAAGAAGGCGAAGGAGGCUGAGCGGGGCGAGGAGGCUGAGGACGAAGAGGCGAAGAGAGAGCGAAAGCGACUGAAGAAGGAGAAGAAGGCGAGGGAGUCGAUGGGCGGCGAAUCAUAGUGUUCGUGUAACACGGUCGUGAUAUGGUUGUAGUACCAAAAACUCUGUCCUGUCGUCAGUAGGGCGGCACUGGCUCUGGCAUUCUUGUGAUUAUACGUAUGUUUUUGCACGUCGUCUUGCUGUAUCUUAGCCGCUCUGGAUUGAUUUCGCUUGUCGCUGACAUCUCGGUCUCGAGAUUGAGCCGCA